AAAAAGAGCUAUCAAGAGAAUAGCAUUUACAGAGGGCUUAAAAGUUUGACUUGGAUGAACUGAGAAUUUCUUUAUUUUAAAACUCAGCAAUAGUGACUUUGAGAAAUUUAAUUUUGGCGAUUUCAAGAUGAUGACAGCAAACUCAACCACAGAUAUUUCGUACUGUUCUGCAAAUGCCACCAUUUGCAAUGGCACUUCGUGUGUUACACCUGAUGACAAUUUUAACCAAAUUUUGAAUGUAGUUUUAAGUACAGUCCUAACAAUCUUGUUGGCAUUGGUGAUGUUCUCCAUGGGCUGCAAUGUGAACAUAAAAAAAUUUUGGGGACACAUAAAAAGGCCAUGGGGCAUAUGUGUGGGCUUCCUCUGUCAGUUUGGAAUUAUGCCUUUGACAGGCUUUGUGCUGUCACUCAUCUUUAAUGUGCUUCCUGCUCAAGCUAUUGCUGUGCUGAUCAUGGGAUGCUGUCCAGGUGGAACAUCUUCCAACAUUCUAGCAUAUUGGAUAGAUGGGGACAUGGACCUAAGUAUCAGUAUGACAACAUGUUCAACGCUGUUUGCACUGGGGAUGAUGCCACUUUGUCUCUUUGUCUAUACCAAAAUGUGGACAGACAACGAGUCCAUUGUAAUCCCCUAUGACAGUAUAGGUAUUUCACUGGUAGCCCUUGUAAUUCCUGUUUCAUUUGGAAUAUUUGUUAAUCACAAAUGGCCCCAGAAAGCUAAAAUUAUACUUAAGGCUGGUUCCAUUACGGGACUAGCUCUUAUACUGAUCAUAGCUGUGGUUGGAGGAAUAUUGUACAAGGGAUCUUGGACUAUCAGCCCUCAACUGUGGAUCAUUGGAACCAUAUUUCCAGCUGCUGGCUACUCUCUAGGUUUUCUUCUGGCUCGCAUCGCUGGUCAGUCUUGGCACAGAUGUCGUACAGUAGCUCUGGAAACAGGCAUGCAGAACACUCAACUGUGUACAACUAUAGUGCAGCUGUCCUUCAACCCUGAACAGCUUGAACUGAUGUUUACUUUUCCACUCAUCUACAGUAUUUUCCAGAUAGUCUUUGCUUUAAUAUUUGUAGGAGUCUACUACUUGCACAAAAGAUUCUGUGGCUCACCAAAGACAGACUUCACAGAACCAGCAAGUGAAAUUGAAUCAAUACCAGAAACAUAUGCCGAGAUGAAUGGAGGAUUUACAGCAAAUGAAAAAAGUACAAGAAACAUGAACGACACUAUCGUCUCCUGACAUUGUGUAAAAAAGUUUCGCAAUGAUUGACUGAUGAAAGGUUUUUUUGUGGUUUUCUUUUUUAAUUUUUGAAUGAAGCUUGUACCACCAGGAUGCAAAUCUAGGUUUGACAGUAAUUUACUACAAUAUUUAAUGUUCCAUAAUUGUCCAUUUGAGCAAGAAAAGAACAGAGUAAACCUAGAGGAAAGCUGAUCAAAAUUUCAGACAUAAGCAU